GACAGAAGGAGUAUGUUAAAGCCGUGACACACCUGGGUUUUUAAGGAUUGCUAGCAAACUCACUUGCAUUGAUUUUUUUUUUUUUAUAGACAUAAAAUACAAACGGAAAAGUUAUGGCUAGCAUUGGACUGGCUAUAAAUGCCCCAAACCCAGAGGAAAAUGCGGUUUUUACCCAGUUAAAACCUGUAAGGAUGUCUGGAGAUGGGGGCGAAGACUCCUCUGUGUUUGAGGAAAUCAAACCUAUGGUGAGGAUCAUAAGAAACUCGCAUGAUAUUGCCCAGACCCGAUUAGAGAUGGAUAAAUACCUUCUGCAGAACGCCCCUCCUGUUCCUGCUGCCAUCCCAGAUAAGAAGUAUCGACGGGAGAGUGCCUCGGUUGUGGAUGAAUACUUCUCCACGGAAAAACCGUCACCCUACAGCGUCAACAUCAAUGUGAUACUUCCACACACCGCCCACCUUCGCACCGGCCUCUACCGACCGACCAAGCCCUUCUCACAGAUCAAAACGGAGCCUGGGACUUACCCCCAGCCUACCUCCUCUCCACCCUCUUCCAUUCAGACACUCCCGGACUUCACAUCAGUCUUCAGCAUGCCACAAACAGUCAACAGCAUGUUUAUCAAGCAGGAGAUUCCCUCAGAUGAACUCCAGAUUGGCCCCCAACAGCCUCAGGUCUACCAGCUGCCAAUCAGCAGUAACGAGGUCACAAUGCCCCUGACUUCCAGCCAAUCCAACUGCAGCACUACCAUGCAUACGUUAAGUAGCGUCAGCAUGACAACCGGCAACAGGGUCAAAUCCUUCCAUGUCCCUGUCAGCACCCAUAGUGGCUUUGCAGUACCCGGGCAGUUCUACCAGACCCAGUCUCUCAGUCUUCCCCCCUCCCCUCCUAACUCCCAGCCGGGGAGCCCUGAAAACCAGCCAGAGCUCAUAAACACCAUGUCCCCACCACCUCCGUACAAGGCCAUGCUUGGCCUGAAACUGGUCCAGGAGCCCUCCCCCCGAAUGAAAAACCUGAGAAAAGGAUUCUGUUUUUGUUUUUUUUUUCCAGGAUGCAGCAAAGUUUACACUAAGAGUUCUCACUUGAAAGCACAUCAAAGAACACACACAGGUGAAAAGCCUUACAGAUGUAGCUGGGAAGGCUGUGACUGGCGCUUCGCCCGCUCCGAUGAGUUGACCCGGCACUUCCGCAAACACACGGGCGCCAAGCCUUUCAAAUGCAUUGCCUGCGGGCGCUGCUUCUCUCGCUCUGAUCACCUGGCACUGCACAUGAAGAGGCACCAGAACUAGGGUCUUCCAUACCUCCCUGACUGAUGCAUCUUCUCUAUUCAAAAAAAAGAAAAAAAUUGUAUAUAUGAACAACAAGCUGCCAUGAAACCCAAACAAACCCAGUACUAAAAAUGUAUUUACAGGACGUGCGAGUGUACGUGUGAGUGUGCAUGUGAGAAAUAGAGAGAGAGAGGUUAAAAGAUGAAAGAUUUUAUGUAUAAGAAGAUAAAGAAACUUGACUGUUAUAGGUUUUAAUGCCUAACUGGAGAUUUUAAUUAUUUUUGUAUUUAUUCCUAUGCUUGGUCUUCAGUUCUCUCCCCACCCUCACCUCCAUCACGAAUGUAAGCCUUUCAGAAAUACUGUAAUAUAAUUAUAAAGUUUCUUCAUGCUGUUACCUUGGGGAUUCCCUAGGCCGAGAUGUCGUCCUUUUAAUUAUGGCGAUAGGAAGACUAUUUGUCUCUUGUACAGUUAAUCAACUGCUUAUGAUAAUGGCCUUUUUUAAAUCCCAGCACUUCCAAAUAAGUUUUUCUUUUUAUAGUGUGAACUGUUUUUACUUGAUUGUAUAAAUUACUGAAAGAGAAAAGAGCAUAACAAAGAUCAAUAGAACAUAAGAAAAAUGAUGAACAAGAGCAGGAUGUUUGACCCAUCAGUGUUCUUUUGGUUACCAACAGUUGGUUGACGCGUAUUUUUGAUUGAAUCUGCAGUAGGUUGCGUUAGACAUUUAACUAUGAGCAAUAACUCCUCAUAGGAGCAAGUAUUACCCUAGCAGUUAUCCCAAAGUUUACAAAGUUUUUCUACUUCUUUUAAUGCAGCGAAGUGGUGAUGUCUUCAAGACCUGUCUUCUGUGGUUUAGUGGUGAGACUUGAAUGUAAAGAGAAAUGUGGAGAAAUCUUUCAAGGGAGCUUUUUCACAGGACGGGUUAGAACAGGACAGAGAGAGUUUACAGUGCUUAUUCCAGGUACAUAGUCAUAACCUGUGUGGAAAUGUCUUCCAGUAAAAGAAGGUGCGCACAGAUUCAGUCUGGAUUAUGGGUUUAUUAGUUUACUGUAUUAAUGUACUUUUGGAAGUGGCUCCCUGAUAAUGUACAAUUAUUGUACAGCAGUGUUGGACUGCGCUCAAAAAACAACCAUAGACAAACUGGUAAAAGAAAAAUGACUGUUAAACUCAACUGCCAAUAACUGCCAUUAAGAUCAAGUAAGAUAGGAGGCAAUUCUGGCCUGCAAGUUUUUAUACUGGUUCGUUACUCACUACAAAGGGGAACUACACAUCCACAAUGUACAGAUUGCAAUAAUAUUAAUAUCCAUAAUAAGAAUAUAUAAAAAAAAGAAUUGUACAACAAUGGAUAUUUUGUGACAAAAGCACUUCAGUGCUCAUACUAAUACUGUUAGCAAACAGCUAGGAUCAUUUGCAGUGUAUUGAUGGAUACUCUGUUCUGAAGGCUCAUUGUAAUAUUCCAUUUCCACUGGUAUUGCAAGACCAAUCAUCCAGGGCUCUGAGAUCAUGACGUAUUCUAUAACUUCAAACCUAUGAUUCAGUAAGACAUAGAUUUUUGGUUUCCAAGACUCUAUUUUCAGUUGGUAAAGUCCAUUAAGACACCACACUUUAUAUUCAUUCCCUGUGUUCUAAAGCAAGCAUUAGGAUCACAUGAGCCCUGAGACUUCAAGUGGACUCUAAUGUGUGGUGUAUAACCAGAGUACAUGACUAUAAAGCUGAAAUAACUGAACUGGCUGCAGACAAUUGAUAAGAAAGUUGUUUUGCUAGUGAGAGUGAGAAACACCUUUUACGCAAAAUGGACACAUCAGGAAUAUCAUCUGCCCUAUUCACUAAACUUUAAAUCUAAAGUCAGUUAACUUUUUUAUGUAGUUUAGACCCAUCAGUCUGGAACAGUUUAAUGAGUACUGUAUCACACUUAUCCUACAAAAUGGAGGACCUUAAGUUUUGUCUUUUGUUUUACUGAAUAUCAU